AUGGGUGGAGUGACCGUCUUUGUGCACUACACGCAGUGUGAAGAAGGCAAACAGCCAAAGGUCGGCGAUGUUCUGACCUUCUCUCUUGAGCCAAGGAGAAACAACCCUGAGCAGAUGCAAGCCAAAGAAGUUAAGGGCUGCACAGAUGUCCGUCAGAAUCCCUUCGCGGCUCAAGCCUGGUCAGGUCCAGUUGAGGGCACUGGAGCUCACACCGGGAAGGUGAAGAACUUCGGCACGAAGGGUUAUGGUUUCAUCACCAUGGAGGAUGGUGUGGAGAUGUUCUUCAAUGUCAAGGAAUGCGUGGGCAGCAAACCCGUGGCAGGUGACACCGUGAAAUUUGACAUUGGUGAUAGUGACAGAAAUCCAGGGCAGAAGCAGGCAAUCAACAUCACAGGUGGUAGCCAACCAUUGGAUGCUCCGCAUGCAGGUGGGUUCGGCCCAAUGUGGGGCCCCGAUUGGGGAUGGGGCGGUGGCAAAGGCAUGUGGGAUGGUGGCAAGGGCUUCGGUGGCUUCGGUGGUGGCUGGGGCGGUCCGCCAAUGAAGGGCGGAUUGAAGGGCGGCAUGAUGAUGGCGAAUGGAAUCACAGGCCCUUCCAGCGCAAUGUCGGCAGCCUUGCCAGAGGGCACAGGCACUUGCACCAAUUUCACUUGGAAGACGUGCGUCCCAGGCUUUGGCUUCAUCGACAUGGGUGGGAUCACUCUCUUUGUGCACCAGUCUGAGUGUGAGCCGGGCAAGGUGCCGAAGGUUGGCGAUGUUCUGACCUUCCAGUACGAGCCUAGAAGGCAAAAUCCUGAACAGUUUCAGGCCAAGAACGUCAAGGGUUGCACCGGCGUGUCGGAGUCUGCAGCUUGGGGCGCGCCCUUCACUGGUCCAGUUCAGGGCACGGGAGCGCACACGGGCACUGUGAAGAGCUUUGGGCCAAAGGGCUAUGGCUUUAUCAACAUGGAGGACGGCAAAGAGAUGUUCUUCAACGUCAAGGACUGCGUUGGUAGCAAGCCCAUUUCCGGAGACACAGUGAGAUUUGAUGUGGUAGACAGCGACACGAAGCCGGGACAGUUGAAGGCUGCCAACAUCACCGGUGGCAGCCAACCUUUGGACUCUCCUCACCCAGGGACCAAGCCAAGUUGGGGACCAUGGGGUGGCAUGGGUCCCAUGGGUGGCAUGGGUGGUAUGGGUCCAAUGGGUGGAGCUAUGGCAGCUAUGGGCGGCAAAGGUUGGGGCUGGGAUGGUGGAAAAGGAGCCAUGUCAGCCAUGUGGAACUGGGGCGGCAAAGGCUGGGGCGGCGAUGGCUGGAGCAAAGGGAUGGGCAAAGGCUAUGGCCCUGCUCCGGCAGCACCUGUUGCGCCUGCCUGUCAGGGUUUUGGCUUCAUUGACAUGGGUGGUCAGACUCUCUUCGUUCACUUUUCGGAGUGCGAAGUUGGAAAGCAACCGAAAGAAGGUGACAUUUUGACAUUUCAGUAUGAGCCAAGGAAAAAUAACCCCGAGCAGUAUCAGGCCAAGAAUGUGAAGGGUUGCUCCGCCGAUCGCGUUGCAUGGGGAUCCUCAUCCUUCAGCGGUCCCGUCGAGGGCACAGGCGCCUUCUCGGGAAGAUGCAAGAGCUUCGGAGCGAAGGGCUACGGCUUCAUCACGAUGGACGAUGGCACCGAGCUGUUUUUCAAUGUCAAAGACUGUGUUGGAAGCAAGCCUGCAGCUGGCGACAUUUUGAAGUUUGACAUGGCAGACAGUCAGUUGAAACCAGGAAACAAAGAGGCGAAAAACAUCACUGGUGGAAGCCAGCCUUUGGAUCAGGGCAAAGGAGGAUUUGGGAUGUGGGACGGCAGUGGUUUUGGAAAGGGCGGCUAUGGUGCUUGGGGAGGUGGCUGGGGAUGGGAUGGUGGAUGGGGCGGUGGAAUGAAGGGUGGCAUGGGUAUGGGUGGCAAGGGCAUGGGCUGCAAGGGUAUGGGUGGUGGCAUGGGUGGUGGCAUGGGUGGUGGAAUGGGUGGUGGCAUGGGUGCUAUGGGUGGCAUGGGUGGUGGAAUGGGUGGUGGAAUGGGUGGCGGCAUGGAAAUGGGUGGUUGCAUGGGUGGUGGAAUGGGUGGUGACGCCCUUCUGUUGGCGCAAGCAGUUGAAGUGGAGGUUGUCGUGACGCCAAGGCUCCGUCUCUACGUGCUCGAGGCCUCGAGGGAAGGCCAAGAGAAGGUGGUGGAGCAGGCAGUCGCAGAUGCUGCCGGAUCCGGAUCCGGAAGCCAGAAGAGUGGCCUGUUGGAUCCCUAUGGUGUGGCCUUGUGGCCUUCUGCCCUGGUGCUGGCCCAAGCAGUCGCAGCCUACGUCACCGUUAAUCCUGACCAACGGAUCCUGGAGCUUGGUGCAGGCUGCGGCUUGGCGUCGUUGACAGCAGCUCGCCUGGGGGCGGAUGUUUUGGCCACAGACUUUCGGCAGUAG